CGAAGCCAGGUGAAAUUUUUGCAAGAAGCAUGUGGUCACACCGAACCCGACGGUGAAAAGGCGAAAUAUUAAUUCUAAAAAAUUGCCAAUAGCGCAAAUAAUAGGCAGCGUGGAACCGACGUAGAGGAACGACCAGACAGACGAAAGCAGGCGAAAGUUGAAAAGGUGACGACGCAAGCAACGAGAAAAAAGAAAAUCGGCGACGUAUACUCGUUCGGCUUUGACAGAAUUCAGUUGCCACCGCUGCCACAAUGGAAUGCCGCGCCCCCUUUCAGCCCGAUGACCAGUAUGAGCAGCUGCGCCGCCCAAACGCCGGUGGUCCCGUUGGAGGAGGCAUGCCUUUAGAUCAGCAGGCCCAUCUUUACGAGUACGGGGCUGGGGCCCGUCAGGCCUACGCCCAGGUUCAGGACUAUCAGGCAGUAGCUUCGGGAUACCAGCAGCCGAUUCCGGCACAGGCCAAGCUCUCGGCCGCGGCCAGUAUUUUUGUUCCUCGUGGAGGUGCUCCACCGCAUCAGCGCCACCAGCCGCAGUACCAGCAGCAGGGUGGUGGCGGCGGAGGGGGCGGCCACCACGGACAGCAGCAGCGCUAUGCGAAUGGAUAUAAGCAGCACCAUCAUCAAAAUCAGCAGCAGCCGCACCACCAACAGCAGUCCCACUACAACCAUCACCACAACCAUCAGAAGUUCAACAAUGACAUGCACAAGCUGGCCAAUUCGGUGCAGAAUCGAUUGAACAUUGGAAAUCCGCAGGCGACGGGUAACUUCUAUCCGCAGCAGGUACACCAACCAAACACACACCACCACCACCAACAACAACAGCAGCAAUCACACCAACACGUCAAGUUUCAAAGGCAUGCCCACUUGAAUAACUCAUUCCAACAACUCGCACAGCCGACGCACCACCAGCAGCAGCCGCAGCAGCACGCGCACCACCAGCACAACCAGCAGCAGCAGUAUUUCCAAAACCAGAACCAUCAACAACAGCAGCAACAGCAACCGAGCACAUCAUCCGCUGCGGCAUCGUCCUCGUCGUCGGCCAACUCCAACUCGAACGCUCAGCCGGACAUGGCAACCAUUGCACUGGAAUACCUUGACACCGUCAUACAUUGCCUUAACCAGAAUCCGGGCCAAUUUGAUGCGAUUGCUUCGCGUUUCCUGACCAUUUUCGAUGGCAUGGAGAAUAACAACUACGUGCUUUCUAUUGCAAUGGAAGACAUUUUCGAAAAGUCGAUCGAGCAGCCAAAUUUCCGAUACAUGGGCGCCAAGCUCUACAACCUUUUGCACAUGCUUAACUUCAAGCCGGACUCGCUUUUCCACACACUGCUCAAGUGCAAGUUGGACUACCAUCAGGAGGAAGUUACCAAGUACAUGCGCUCCGGCGAGCAGCAGAAGGUGCGCGAGACAGCACUCUUCCUCGCCGAGCUGUACAUGCAAUUGCGCGGCGAGGACGACUCACGUCUUCAGUUGAUUGCCGUGAACAUUGUGUACUCGCUGAGUAAGCUGCUGGCCAGCGAGAGCAAUGAGAAUGUGCGUUGCAUUUGCCAGACUCUUAAGCUGGCCGGCUAUGAUCUUACUGCCGAUUGCCCCAAGGACAUGCAGGAUAUCAUCAUUGCAUUGCAGGCCAUUGAGGCCAAAUCGCCGGGCAAGUACCCGAUGGCAGCCAGUGUGAUCUCAUUGCAGCAGAACAACUGGGGCAGGAAGGUGUCGAAUUCCUUGGGCGGAGAGGAGGAUACGGUUACUGAGCCGCCGCGCCUGAGCGAUGAACCGGUCUUUUAUGGACCCGAUGGACGUGAGCUGACCGCCGAGGAGAGCGAGUUCCUGACCGCCCAAGACGAAGCCAACGGCAGCGAUGGAGACGACUUUGAUCUGCGCGACGGUGGAGAUCUGGAUCUGGAUGCUGAGAUGGACGAGGAGACCGAGCGCGCCUACAAGGAGUUCUGUAGCCAACAGAAGAAGACCUAAACUGCGUAGCGUGUGAUUAUUACGGAUUCUCAAGAGGCGUGGCAGUUGGGCGGAAGUAGAGAAGCAUUUCCGACAAAUUCUCGGUUGUAGAAUUGAUGAUUGCAGUGGCUUGGUUCAGAACCAAUUGUGAUUAUCUUUUAAAUUAUUGAUAGCAAAUUGUUUGUGAUAUCUUCCAGCAUAUUAUGACAUGUGUUAGCGAUUUUGUUUGAACGCUUUUUUUUUUUGUGAUACGCCCGUUCUGUAUCUAUAUCUAAGAGAUUCAAUUCCAAUUAAUAAGUUUGUCCUUUUUCCAUCUGUUUUCGUUCGCUAUAGUUAUGACCGCUUAAGUUCCAAUAACUAUCGAAGACGACAAGCUAGGAUUUAAAAAUAUAUAAAGCCACUGCCACGCCUCUGAGCCGCCCCCCAAACACUUACGCAACUGCACUCAAAGACUCGUACUCAUAUGCGCACCCCCACUCUUGCAUGGCACAUAUGCAGACUCAUAAAUGGCAGUAAGAACUAAACCGCUAAUUUCACAUUCAAUUAAACAUUCUCUUGAUCAUACGAAUCGAAAAAACAUAAUCGAAAACGAAAAAAAAAACAACAAAAAACCAAUACAACAGCAGCCACGCCUAAUUUUUAAAUACUUGUAAUUAAUGUUAACGAAACCAUGAUUUAAAAUAUAAAUAAAAUUUAUCGAAUUGCGUUUAAAAUAAAA